CACAUAAAGCGGAAGAUUCGGCGGCGGCCAUCUUGGGGGCGGGGCAUCAUUCGUAAGAAGAAGACUUAUAAAAAAGGAAUGGACGAGGAGGAAGAGGAGGAGGAGGAGCCCGAGGCCGAGGUGGAAGCUGUAGGGCCCAGUGACUCGUGUUUAACGCCGGACGAGGAAUCAUCAUGUGACACCAUGGGACCCCAGCCCAAUGGCCACCAUCCCCAUGUCCCCUCUACGGAAGAGGAGAGCUCCAACGAGCCCCCUGUUGCAGCUCCUGCUGAACCUCCAGAUGACAGCGAAGCCCAAAAAGAGCAAACGCCUACGGAGGAGGAACCCUCGGCCAAAAAGGCAGAGCCUGAGAACACAGAGAAACCCAGUGAGCCGCUUCGCCUCAGUGGCAGUUCUCAGCCCCAGGCAGAUGGGGAUGGCCAGUCCAAGAAGGCUGACUUCCAGCCGUCAAUUGAAUUGUCCAAAUCUUCAGAUGCUGAGGUCCAGCCUAAGCACACAGAGGGUGUCUUAGUAUCACAAGCAGACUGUGUGAAUGGAAACGAGUCAAUGGACAGCCUGGACUCACACAGCCUCCAGGGGAGCAGCGAGGGUGAGAAAAGAACUGCUCAUAGCACGGCUCAGUGCUCUAAUGAACCAGAACUGGAAGAUCACAAAGAUAAACACGAGAGCAACCCAACUCAGGAGCACCCUCCCCAGGAUGGGAGAGCAGAAACAGGAAAUGUUGUGGAACAUCAACAUACAGAAGGGGGUUCCACAGCCGAGAUGUCAGAGCAGCUGAAGGGAAUUACUGAAAGGACGGAGGAAGAGCCACAACCAGCCCCCCCUCAUCCUCUUUUAGUGGUUGACCACCAGCGACUUGCGGCUCUGCUGGAUACGGUGGUGAAGAAGAGUGAAGGAUACAGCGUGGAGCAGCUGGAGAGACUCUACUCCCUCCUCAGCCAGAGCAUCUACCGGCACCGCAGAGAGUACGAGAAGACCAAACUACUGGAGGAGAUGGAGGGGAAAAUCCAGCAUUUUGAUACAUUCCCGUGAGACGGAGAGGAUACCAUAUCAGCCUGGGACCACAAAGAAACACACACACACACACAGAGACACACAGAAAAAAUCCAGCGCCCUCUUCUUGCCGGGAGGAGAAACAUGAGGACGAUGUUGAGGACAUUCAAUGGUGCUAUCGUCUCAGGAACCUGGCCAGAUCCAGACCAUCAUACACACACACACACACACACACACACACACACACACACACACACCCCCCCAACGCUGCCGGUCGACCCUGGUGCUAUCCUAACUUUCAUCCACAUUGCUCUUUGGGAUUACUUCUUAACUUUGAUGACGAGCAAAAGCCAACAGAUCGGGUGGUGUCACCUGGACACACACCACACACACACACACACACACACACACACACACACACACACACACACACACACACACACACACACACACUCUUGCAUGUACUUCAACAAACACAGCCGGAAUGCACACACUCACCCAGACCCUCACCAGCAGAAAGUGUGAAUGCAGCGUCCCGCUAGGAGAUGAGGACAGAUAAUGUUCUGAAUCACUGGACCACAUUGCUGAGCCCCCCCCCCCCAAA